CCUAGUCAUCCCCAAAGCCCGCCUUCCUUAGUCAGCAACUGUCAAUCAAGUGACGUAGGUGUUUCUGCAGGUGCAAGACGAAGUGCUGCAUCAGUGCAAUAGAAGCUGCAUCAAAAAUCGCUUUUAACGAUGGCUUCAGCUACAGACGCCCGUUAUGGACAGAAGGAGUCUGCUGACCAGAACUUCGACUACAUGUUCAAAAUCUUAAUUAUUGGCAACAGUAGCGUGGGCAAAACCAGCUUCCUGUUUCGUUAUGCUGAUGACUCGUUCACACCAGCUUUUGUCAGUACUGUCGGCAUCGAUUUCAAGGUGAAGACCAUCUACAGGAACGACAAGAGGAUCAAGCUGCAGAUUUGGGACACAGCGGGACAGGAGAGGUACCGGACCAUCACCACUGCCUACUACCGGGGAGCCAUGGGCUUCAUCCUCAUGUAUGACAUCACCAACGAGGAGUCCUUCAACGCUGUGCAGGACUGGUCCACGCAGAUUAAGACCUACUCAUGGGACAACGCUCAGGUACUGCUGGUGGGAAACAAGUGUGACAUGGAAGAUGAGAGGGUGGUGUCAGGAGAGCGAGGCAGGCAGCUGUCCGAACACCUGGGCUUCGAGUUCUUUGAGGCCAGUGCCAAAGACAACAUCAACGUAAAGCAGACCUUCGAGCGCCUGGUAGAUAUCAUCUGCGAGAAGAUGUCUGAGAGCUUGGAUGCGGCCGAUCCAGCCAUCACAGGGGCCAAACAGGGGCCGCAGCUUACCGAGCAGCCUGCUGCCUCCCACCAAGACUGCGCUUGCUAGACAUCCACCUCGCCCCCCCCCCCUCCCCAGUGUCUGUCCCCCCGCUUAGGCCACCAGAGGAGGGAGGGAGGGGUGGGCCCCUGCAGAUUCCCUUCCCAGUCCUACAGUGUCUUCUGGCUUAAACCUCUUUCACUCCGCUCGGAGGGACAGGAAGCGGGUUUUAAUGCUGGAGGAUUCGUCAUUCCGGGGCUCACUCAAAAUCCCGAGAAACCCUUUUUGUAGUUUUAGCUUUUACCCAAUGAAAUGCGUCGUCGUGUCGGCCUUUUUAUUAGGUGCUGGAAAUGCCAUAUCGAUUUUAUUUAAGAAGAGAAGUUUUAGAUAAAAAAAAAAACCCAGGGGACACUGUACACCUGAAUGUGUGUGUUUAAUUAUCCACAGAAUGAAAUACAUUACUCCUGUAUAUAUUAGACCAGUGUAACAUUUUUAAUUAGUCUGUAUUCAGCCCCCAAUAUCAGUAACUUUAUCUUUUUUCUUAAUUUAUUGAAACUGCUUCCACUAUAUUCUGUAAACAGUAGGAUGAAAGUUUUCUUUCUUGUGGUUAUGUAAAGAAUAUAUAAAGAGAGAGCAGAAUAUAAUAUCUAUAGGUAUACAGUUUUGAACAAUACAAUGAAAUAUGAGGUCAAUUAUAUAGAUAUGACAGAUUAUAAGAGAUACUAUAUGCAAUGCCUUUAUAGAUAACAGUAUACCCCUGUAACUUUAAAUCAGGAUUCCGUUUCCAUGUCACGGAGUAAAGUUUGUUGUGCAGUUACAAUGUGAAAUUUAGCAGAUUCCGACGUCCUGAUUAUUGGGAAGGUUCUAGUAACAGGGAGAGACCUUUAUAAACGCUGAAACAGGAAGCAGUUCAGCAUGGAGAGAUAACGGGUCCCUGAAACUGAUGCAGAGCCUAACAAUUGCACAUCUGUCACUACUGUGGUGAGUCGGGUCUCUUUCGCUAUUCUCUGCAAUCAGGAAAGAUUGUGCAGUUUUCAUAGUUCAAGAAAAAAUGAUUGCUGGUAUGAGCAGUUAAUUCCGCAUAUGAAUUGGGCAUGGUACAUCUUUAACUAGACGACCCUGAAAGGGAUUAUGUGCACUGAGAAAGGGCUGAGAUCCCUUUACAAUAUCCAAACAAGCGCACACCAUCUUGUAUAUAAUACUUCAUUUGUAGUAUUUAUUUUCAUUAUUGCUCUAUGGGUUUCUUUCACCCGUUUCCUUCUAACUAUGGCUACAUUUUAGUCUUUGCUUGCAAGCCUCUGUGCUGCUGUUUCUGCAGGUAUUAAGUCGCAUGGCUGACCUUGCCAGCACCCUCUGCUGUCCUCUCGGUUACAUGGGUGCAGCUCCUGCCAGGUCCUGGUUGGCGGUUGUAAACAUCCGGCUUUCGGUUGCAGGACUUGCAUGCUUGCCGAUAUCCCUCUCUGGACGUAUAGGGCUCACACGCAGCGUCUCUUGGCUGCAAAGACAUCCGCUGUCCCAAUUAAUACCAUCGAUCGUCAGUCAGUGGCUCCUGCCAUCUAUUACAUGUCCAUGUUGUGUAAAGUCCACUGUCCUGGUGGUGGGUAUCCUAAGCCCUCAUGUUGGGUAUCAGGCCUUGGGAUGACAAACUAGGCUAUUCCAAAUUUCUUCAAGACUGUGACCAGUUGCUGUAUGAAUUGAGUUUCUGAGCAAUAACUAUGACUGUUAGUUUCAUUGUCAUAUUUCCCCCCCCAACCCCAAUGUAAACCUACAGACUCACCAGGGAUUAAGCUGUUUAUGGACCUCAAAGUAAAAGCUUUUUUAUACACGUCUGACUUUUACUUCUGACCUCAGUAUAGAACAUGGACUUGGAAGGACCUGCAUGUGCCAGUCUGGGUUGCACCUGCCACUUGGCUACAGAGUUUUGAAUAUUAAGACGUGGACAGAAUGAUGCUGGUUUCCGGAAGCGCUCCGCCUUCUUGAAAUGCUGGUUACUGUAUUGCUCUGUUUUAGGGUUUGCCUUCCAAAUUUUAACUGCCAACAAACCCCACACACUCCCCAGAUUCCCUGUGGUAUGAAACUUAAUCUCCUUCAGCAUCUUUCGUCCGAAAAAUAUCCCUGUGCCCUUUCAGAAAGCCAGUAAUAGAUUAAAACAUUUAAAAAUGUUAAUCUUGUGUCCAAAAUAAACAUUGGACGAUAGACUCUAAGGCUAGAUUUGAGCCUUUGAUAAUACUUAAAUUUUUUUGUGUAUCCUCUAUAUGUAUUCCCACAGUGCCCUUGGUGUUUUCUGGAAUGUUCCAUUCUCUUGAGCUCCCUGAUCUGGAGACAAGCAAAUAUUUAAUGAAAAAAAUGUGGCAGAGUAAAAUGUGGUAUAGUGAUAUUAGUGCUUUAUCGGCAUAAUAGUUUUCUCCUUUAGUGACGUCUCUCCCAGCGAUUGCUGAUGCCAAAGUGUGGCAUCAGGCUGCCCUUUGACCCUCCAGAUUUAAUUUUAGCUCCGUGUUCAUGCUAAACACAGCGGCCAAUACCUGUUCUCUCUCUCAUCCCACUACACUGUCUUCCUUUCUGUAUAUAAGGGUUGUAAAUAUGUUUCAGUUGUUUGUUGUUGUGUGAAUCGUGCUGUGAUAACUCAGGCUUGGAAAAAAGUACUAGACAACAGUGAGGGGAAAAAAAUCCAUUUUGGUCUGCUUAUGAGUGGUUGUGGUCCUUUAUCACAAAGCAAUAUACAGGUAAAAACAAAUCAUUGAAAUAAUGCAUCGUUGGAAGUAGCUCUAAAAUGCAGAUGUGCAAAGCUAGAACACUAGAAAAAAGGACAUAUUCAUCUGUGUUUCCGGUGCUUUUUUUUCUGUACAUGAAGUAAAGGACAAAGCAAGCGUACAAGUCCAAAUGUGGAGAGUCUCAGUGACUGGUAACGGGUGUUAUUUAAGGACUCGUGUAUGUUGCAUUACACAACUUGAUGUAACUUGAGUUUACUUGGAGUAAAUAUUUCUGUGUACAGUAAUAUAUUAAAGCUGAGCAAAAAGACGACCCUGGAAGCAGGCCGGUACCCCCCCCCCCCCCCUCCCGUAGUUCCGCAGGGCUACAAGCUGAUCUUUCAGCUUUCAUCUUUAAUCUUGGAUGGACUUUUCAGGUGUGCCUGUUAGUGUUGCUUUGGCGGGGAUUAUUUAACAAGAUUGAAAAUGGCAUUAGGGACAAUGUGCUGGAUUUGAUUUUAAAAAAUCCUUAAGAGGUGGACAUACUUAACGUGCAUGGUCAUGUGACAUACUGGUGUAGUAUUACUCUUCUGUUUGCUUGUUAGUUUUUCAGAGUUAUGUUGGAUGACUCCCUGUACACAGAUGUUUCCAUGUGAAGAAAACUUCCUAGUAGACCGAGAUCACUCAGCUUGUCUCAUCGUCAGCUUGAUUUUGGACUUUGCUUUAUGUCAUUUUACAUUUUCAGUGAUGCGUCGACCAAACAAAGUACUACACUUUUAUCUGGUUUACACUCAUUUCGCACUGUUUUUGUGAGAAUACUAUGUAUGUAAGAACAAAAAAGUCUAGUUUAUAAUGCACAAUAACUAUAUGAGGAGGAUAGUGUUACAACUUUAGAUUAUAAACAUUUCCAAAUCUGCUGUAAAUGUUGUGGAAAACUGAAAUGACGAAAAUAAAGUUUAUGCGGUUAAGAUCUG